AUGUCUACCGGUCAUAUAUCGACAUUAACAGCGAAGACAGAGAUGGUGGUUGAUUGUACGAAGUCUAUGCAAAAUGCGAGAUCCUCUGUAGACGCAGAGGAAGUUCCUUCUCCCUCCUCCGCCCACCCCCAGUCCAACGCCGGUGUCCACUCACCUAGAGAGGUUGUCUCCAGAAAAACAGUUUGCAUGUGGAAAGAUGGAAAUGGAAGUGGAAGUGGAUGUGGUCCGUGA